AUGGAGUCAAAUGUGAUUAGAACGUGUCAUGAUGACAUUGGAUAUGUCGGUAUUGAUAAGAUUGUCGGGAAUAUUGCAAAAAUUUAUUGGUUCCCUGAUAUGCGAGAAAAAGUGAAGGACCACAUUAAAAAUUGUUUACGUUGUAUUGAAUUCUCACCACCGAGUGGUAAGGCGGAAGGCUUUUUGCACGAGAUUCCAAAAGAACCGUUACCUUUUGCUACGGUGCAUGUUGAUCAUAUCGGACCAUUAGAGAAAACUGGAAAGGGAUAUCGACAUCUCAUCGUCAUCGACGCUUUUACGAAAUUUAUUAGAAUUUAUCCUUGUAAAUCUACAACUACUGAGAAGACCGUAAAACACUUGCGUGACUAUUUUUGUGCGUACAGUAAACCGAAGCGUUUAGUUUCCGAUAGAGGUACCUGCUUUACCUCUGAUGCGUUCAAAACAUUUGUAAAAAACGAGAGUAUUGUACAUGUUCUGGUUGCCGUAGGAACACCAAGAGCUAACGGUCAAGUAGAACGUUUCAAUAGUCAUAACACCGAUGUUGGCGAAGCUGAGCGAAACCCCUUCGCAAUGAGAUCGAAUUUUAGAUCGAGUCGAAUACUCGUUAAAUAA